AUGGUGGUUGAUAUAUCCGUGUCGAUUAAAGCAGGAAGCUCUGAUUAUUUGGAGAAGCAUCCAGAGCGCAAAAUAUCCUUUUUCCGAAAUUCUUACGUUGUUGGAGUUACUUUUGCGGCUGGUAUUGGUGGCCUUCUAUUCGGUUAUGAUACUGGUGUGAUAUCUGGUGCUCUCUUGUACAUAAAAGAUGAUUUUGAAGUUGUAAAGAAUAGUAGUUUUCUUCAAGAACUAAUUGUUGCCAUGGCCUUAAUUGGUGCAAUUUUUGGCGCCGCCAUUGGUGGUUACAUUAAUGAUUUCUUAGGACGUAAGGCUGCCACUAUUAUCGCAGAUAUUUGUUUUGUAUUAGGAUCAUUCCUUAUCGCUGUCGCACCAAAUCCAACUCUUAUCAUAGUGGGCCGAUUUUUUGUUGGCCUAGGUGUAGGUUUCGCUUCUAUUACUGCUCCUAUGUAUAUAGCAGAAGUAUCGCCAUCUGAAAUAAGAGGUGGAUUAGUUAGUAUCAAUUGUCUUAUGAUUACAACUGGGCAAUUUCUUUCCUUUGUCAUCAAUUAUGGUUUGACUAGAGUUCCUGGGACAUGGCGUUGGAUGCUUGGAAUUGCAGGUACACCAGCUGUCAUUCAAUUGGUUCUUAUGGCCUUUCUCCCUGAAUCCCCAAGAUGGCUUUAUUUGAAGAAUAGGAAAGAGGAAGCCACCAAUGUUCUUUCUAAGAUCUACCCAUCACCUCGGUUGGAGGACGAAAUAGAAAUUCUUGAAGCUCACAUGAAGCAAGAACAAAGGGAUAAGGUCAAAGUUAAAUACAGUGAUGUAUUCAAGUUGAAAGAAAUUAGAUUUGCAUUCAUAUGUGGGGCUGGACUUCAAGCAUUCCAACAACUUACUGGAAUUAGUGUUAUAAUGUACUAUAGCCCAACAAUCAUCCAAUUAGCUGGCUUCAAAUCAAACGAAUUGGCUUUGUUCUUAUCCCUUAUUGUUUCUGCAAUUAAUGCCGGUGGCACAAUUCUUGGAAUUUACCUUAUUGACAUUGUAGGUCGAAAGAAGCUAACUCUCAGUAGUUUAACAGGUGUAGUUGGAGCCUUGAUCCUACUCUCUGCUUCAUGUUAUGUUAGAGGACAUGGCAACCCGAAUUUAGUUUAUGGGUGGCUUGCUGUUGUGGGUUUGGCUUUGUACAUUAUAUUCUUUGCACCUGGAAUGGGUCCUGUUCCUUGGGCUGUGAACACAGAGAUAUACCCUGAAGAAUAUAGAGGAAUAUGUGGUGGCAUGUCUGCAACAAUUAAUUGGAUUGGUAGUGUCAUUAUGUCCAUUAGCUUCCUUUCAAUUGUAGAUGUCAUUGGGCUUGGUGAGAGUUUUAUGAUUCUCUUGACAGUUGCUUGUGUUGCAAUAGUUUUCGUGAUUCUCUAUAUGCCGGAGAUAAAAGGGUUGACUUUUGAAGAAGUUUCAGAUAUUUGGAAGGAGAAAGCCUAUGGAAAAAAUAAAAACACAGAAAGCAUGGUUGAACAAAUAACGGAAAUAUGCGAUACUAAAUCCGACGAUAACUCCGACAGUGAUCAGCACAUUUCUUGUAGUGUCAUCAGAGUUAGAAUCGUCUUCGUUGCAGUCUGGUCUUCGUCGCCACCUCCAACAAGAUCGUUCUUCAUCGCCGUCGUCACUAUCUUCGCUGUUGGCCGUUCUUCUUUUUGGUGCAAAAGAACGAAUUACGGGAACAUCAUUGUGAAUCAGAUCACUUACUUUCAACCACAAAACGUUUCUGCGUCCAGGUGUGUUGUCGAUGAACAAUUUGUCCCAAAGAUUGAAAUGACUUGCAAGACACUUGAAGAAGCUGGAAAGUUCUACAAAGAUUAUUUCAAACUUGCUGAUCGAGUAGAGAUCCUUAAACAACACAGGGAGCUAAGCACGUUUGUGCGUCGUACCAUUGAAAAUAAUGAGGAAGUCAGAAUCAGACCGAGUAAAAUAUAUCAGUCAUUUGUAAUAGCAGUGGGUGGUCAUCGUGAACUAAGUCUUAUUGAAAAAAAUGUGAGGAAUUACAUUAUAAAGAAACUUAACUUUGAAGUUGAUCACUCUAUCAAAAAUGCAUUUUGGGCUGAUGCAAGACGCAAAGCUGUGUACAAUAUGAUUUUUGGUUCUUUUGUGGGUGUGAAUCACCAUGAUCAGUCAACACUUCUCGGAUGUGCUUUGAUGAAAAAUGAGGAUAUUCAAUCAUUCAAAUAG